AUGGCAGCUUGGGAGACGGUGCUCUGCGCCCUGUCCCUGUUCCUAUUUGCUGGACUCUAUUUGGUAGGAGCGUUUCGCCAACGGAAAGGUAAGGAGCCCCCCCUGGACAAAGGCUUCAUUCCGUGGCUGGGUUACGCGCUGGAUUUCAAGAAGGACGGCUUAGGGCUUCUGCGGAAGAUGCAAAGGAAGCACGGGGACAUCUUCACUCUUCUGAUCGGCGGCCACUUCAUCACCUUUGUCCUGGACCCGCACUCUUAUGGCGUCAUCGUGAAACAAUCCAAAAGCAAACUGGACUUUGACGUGUUUGGAUCAGAGGUGGUCUCGGCGUUGUUUCAGUUUAAUCCCACUGGGGAGGACCUUAAGCUCAUGCAGGCGUUGAGUGUAAAAUAUCUCAUGGGAGAUGGAUUAGCUGUUAUGAAUCAGGCCAUGGUGGAAAACUUACAGAUCGUGAUGUUCCACAAAGUGGGCUCAGGAGAUGGGAUCGGUUCCUGGAGACAAGACGGACUCUACCACUACAGCUGCAACACCAUUUUCAAGUCCUCGUUCCUUAGUUUUUUUGGCCACGAGUCGGAUGAUAAUGCCGAGAGGAAAGUAAACCUGACCGAUGAAGAAAUCGUCCAGUUUGAAAAGCUCUUUGAAGAACUGCAGAAAUUUGAUCUCCUGGUCCCCAGCUUGGUCUAUAACACGCUGGCUCCUGGGAAAAGAAAAGAAGUGCAACAGCUCUAUAAUACCUUCUGGGAUAUCCUGUCAGUGAGUAAGGUGCAUAAGAGAUACAACGUUAGUAGCUGGGUAACUGAACAAGAACGGAUGUGGGCUGAAAAGGGGAUGCCUGAAAACAUCAGAACUAGAUAUCUGUUCCUUCUUCUCUGGGCAGUACAAACGAACACUGGCCCGGCUUCCUUCUGGGUUCUCGUCCACCUUCUAAAAUAUCCUGAGGCGAUGGACGCGGUGAGGAAAGAAGUGGACGAGCUGCUCAAAGAGAAUGGCCCGCAAGUGAAAUUAGGUGACCCCCUGAUUGACCUCGCCAGAAAGAUGUUAACCAAGAGCUCAGUUCUGGACAGUGUGAUCGAGGAAACCCUGCGCUUGAAAGUGAAGUCGAUUCUGAUGCGAUCCGUGGUGAAGGACAUGGCCCUCCGGGUGGAUAACGGGAGGGAGUACACUCUUCGCAAAGGAGACCGAAUCGCACUUUCCCCUUACGUAGCAGUGCAGACCGAUCCAGAAGUCUACCCUGAGCCUCUGACUUUCCAAUACGACCGGUUUCUGACCUCUGACGGAUCCGUGAAGAACUUCUACAAGAGUGGGAAGAAACUGAAAUAUCAUAACAUGCCCUUUGGGAUGGGGCCAUCCAAAUGCCCCGGACGUUACUUUGCCAUGACUGAAAUAAAAACGUUUGUUUUCCUUCUGCUGGCCUACUUUGACAUUGAAUUGGUCAACGGAGAAGAAGAAAUCCCACCAACUGACAAGAGCCAGUUUGGGUUUGGAACUAUUCUGCCAGUCCGAGACAUCCAAUUUAGAUAUCGCCUGCGCUGUCAGUGA